UGACAAUUUCCUCUAGUGAAGCUUUUGCAUAGUCAUUUUUAUCAAAAACAUUUGCAAGACAUUAUUUCAUUAAAAUAAGUUAUUAAAUAAAAUAUUCCGCGAUGACCGUCACAAAUCGGAUGGAAAUCGACGCCGCUCUGAAAGGUGAAGGAUUCCGUUCUUACUAUAUUCAGAAGAUAGAAGAAUUGCAAUUAAUUGUUGCUGAAAAGAGUCAAAAUUUGCGACGUUUGCAAGCUCAGCGCAAUGAGCUCAAUGCAAAAGUACGUAUGCUACGUGAGGAGCUACAGUUAUUACAAGAACAAGGCAGUUAUGUUGGUGAAGUCGUCAAACCAAUGGAUAAAAAGAAAGUGUUGGUAAAAGUGCAUCCAGAGGGCAAAUUUGUAGUUGAUAUUGAUAAAAAUAUCGAUAUCAAUGAUGUUACUCCCAACUGCCGUGUAGCUCUUAGAAACGAAAGCUAUACUCUACAUAAAAUUCUACCAAAUAAAGUUGACCCAUUGGUAUCCCUUAUGAUGGUUGAAAAAGUCCCUGACUCUACCUAUGAAAUGGUUGGUGGAUUAGACAAGCAAAUUAAAGAAAUCAAGGAAGUUAUUGAAUUACCGGUGAAGCAUCCAGAAUUGUUCGACGCAUUAGGUAUAGCUCAGCCAAAGGGUGUACUACUCUAUGGGCCACCUGGCACAGGAAAAACCCUUUUGGCCCGUGCAGUGGCUCAUCAUACCGAAUGUACAUUUAUCCGAGUAUCUGGGUCGGAAUUGGUGCAAAAGUUUAUCGGCGAAGGUUCACGUAUGGUUCGUGAACUUUUCGUAAUGGCACGAGAGCACGCUCCUUCUAUUAUUUUCAUGGAUGAAAUUGAUUCAAUUGGUUCCUCCAGAAUCGAAUCUGGUUCUGGCGGUGACUCCGAAGUACAAAGGACAAUGUUGGAGUUGCUUAAUCAAUUGGACGGUUUUGAAGCUACAAAGAAUAUUAAAGUUAUCAUGGCAACCAAUCGCAUUGAUAUUCUGGAUCCAGCUCUUCUAAGACCAGGCCGUAUUGAUCGUAAGAUUGAAUUUCCUCCACCAAACGAGGAAGCACGUUUGGAUAUUUUGAAAAUUCAUUCUAGAAAAAUGAACUUAACCAGAGGCAUAAAUUUACGCAAAAUAGCUGAAUUAAUGCCAGGAGCAUCGGGUGCUGAAGUGAAAGGUGUCUGUACAGAAGCGGGUAUGUACGCCUUACGUGAACGGCGUGUACAUGUCACACAAGAAGACUUUGAAAUGGCCGUUGCGAAAGUAAUGCAAAAGGAUUCGGAAAAGAAUAUGUCGAUUAAAAAGUUGUGGAAGUAAAAUUUAAAAAAUUGUAUUUCAAAUAUAGAAUUUAUUAAAAAAAAUUAAUUCUAAA